GAGCUCCGCCUCCUCCGGCUCCCGGGUCUCCGGGGCCCCGCCGAGCUCCACGCCAGUUGCCUUCCCUCAGCCCCAGCGCCACGAACCCCUCCUGGGUGGGCCUUUCCGCCUUUCUCGGGAGCCACCCUGGCCCCGGGCGGCAUCCUGUGAGUCCGGGCGGUUUGGAUCCACCUGGCCUCUGCCCCGAGGGGCCCAGGCUUAGUGAGGGGGUCUUACAGACAUGGAUUUAGAUGCUGUUACAAAGCAGUCAGCAUUACAUGCCAAGCCUGAUGGACUCACUCUUCAAUAUGGGACUGCUGGAUUUCGAACGAAAGCAGAACAUCUUGAUCAUGUCAUGUUUCGAAUGGGAUUAUUAGCUGUCCUGAGGUCAAAACAGACCAAAUCUACUAUAGGAGUCAUGGUAACAGCAUCACACAAUCCUGAGGAGGACAAUGGUGUAAAAUUGGUUGAUCCUUUGGGUGAAAUGUUGGCACCGUCCUGGGAGGGGCAUGCCACCUGUUUGGCAAACGCCGAGGAACAAGAUUUGCUGAGAGUGUUGGUGGACAUCAGCGAGAAAGCAGCUGUGAAUCUGCACCAAGAUGCCUUCGUGGUGAUCGGUAGAGAUACCAGGCCCAGCAGUGAGAAACUUUCACAGUCUGUAAUAGACGGUGUGACUGUUUUAGGAGGUCAAUUCCAUGAUUAUGGCUUGUUGACGACACCCCAGCUGCACUACAUGGUGUACUGUCGAAAUACCAGUGGCCGGUAUGGAAAGGCAACCAUAGAAGGUUACUACCAGAAACUCUCUACAGCCUUCGUGGAACUUACCAAACAGGCCUUCUGCAGUGGAGAUGACCAAAGAACACUUAAGGUUGACUGUGCAAAUGGCAUAGGGGCCCUGAAGCUGAGAGAAAUGAAACACUACUUCUCCCAGGGGCUGUCGGUUCAGCUGUUUAACGAUGGGACCAAAGGGAAGCUCAAUCAUUUAUGUGGGGCUGACUUUGUGAAAAGUCAUCAGAAACCUCCUCAGGGAAUCGAAAUGAAGUCCAAUGAAAGGUGCUGUUCCUUCGACGGAGACGCGGACAGAAUAAUAUACUACUACCGUGACGCAGAUGGUCAGUUCCAUCUCGUGGACGGAGACAAGAUAGCAGCGCUCAUUAGCAGUUUCCUUAAGGAACCCCUGUUGGAGGCUUCUCACUGUUGUGGCCUCUCCCGUUGCGGAGCACAGGCUCCGGAUGCGCAGGCUCAGCAGCCAUGGCUCACAGGCCGGAGCGGCAUGUGGGAUCUUCCCGGACCGGGACACGAACCCGUGUCCCCUGCAUCGGCAGGCGGACUCUCAACCACUGCGCCACCAGGGAAGCCCAGGGUCUUUACUUUUGACGGCAAGGUACCUGUCUAUUGUACUAAAACUGGUGUAAAACAUCUGCAUCACAAGGCUCAGGAGUUUGACAUUGGAGUUUAUUUUGAAGCAAACGGGCAUGGCACAGUACUGUUUAGUAAAGCUGCUGAAAUGAAGAUAAAACAACUAGCAAAAGAAUUAGAAGAAGAUAAGAAAAGGAAAGCUGCUAAGAUGCUUGAAAAUGUGAUUGACUUGUUUAACCAGGCAACUGGUGAUGCUAUUUCUGACAUGCUGGUGAUUGAGGCGAUCUUGGCUCUGAAGGGCUUGACGGUACAGCAGUGGGACGCCCUCUAUACAGAUCUUCCAAACAGACAGCUCAAAGUUAAGGUUGCAGACAGGCAAGUUAUUAGCACCACAGAUGCUGAAAGACAAGCAGUUAAACCUCCAGGACUCCAGGAGGCCAUCGACGAGCUGGUGAAGAAGUACAGGCUUUCUCGCGCUUUCGUCCGGCCCUCUGGUACAGAAGACAUAGUCCGAGUCUAUGCAGAAGCGGACUCGCAGGAAAAUGCGGACAGCCUUGCAUAUGAAGUGAGCUUGGCGGUGUUUCAGCUGGCUGGAGGGGUUGGAGAAAGACCUCAACCAGGUUUCUGAGGACAAUUUUUAUAUGUUUUAGAAACUAGAGUUUUAAAAACGUUUUACAGGAUAAUAGUACUGCCAUUAUUGUGACAGGUUCAAACACAUUUAUAAUCACAAAUGUUUAGUCUGCAUCUUACUGGAUUAUUUCUAGAUCUGAUUAUUUUUCUUAAACAAACACUACCAGAAUCAUUCUUUAGAAAUAGGUAAGCUCUUAUACUUGUUAGUUUUUUUUAAAAACUGAAAUUUACCUCUAAUAUCAAUCACACUAAUGUAAAACAUUGGAGCUUAAGUAUAUGAUUCAGUCAUUAACUUUAUAAUAUACGCAAGGAAAAAUUCAUGAAGGCUGCUGGAAAAUUAAACUUUAUUUAUUACCAAUUCCUUGUGAUGCCUUUUCCGUCGUGGUCACCUCAGUCAUUUUGCCGUACUAAUAUUCACCGUUGUUAACACAAACCAGGGGGUUGGAGAAGACUUAAUAUAACCAAUGUUUUCACAGCAGAGUCUCCAGAACGAUUCCUAGGUGACUUACCUCUCUUCAGUUAACAUCACCAGGAAUUCAGAGCUGUGGCUGUGGAGGCUGUACACACCUCUACUCCGUACCGAGGUUGAGAUGCUCGUGCUACACUUACAAGGAUGUGUGGCCCAGGCUUCAGUUAUUCAUUACUCCUCUUAGUGAAGGUAUGUGGGAGAAACGAGUUGUAAUACAUUACCAAGCCUCUGACAGAGAAGUGACGGCUUUCUGAUACUAGAAUGUGGGUUAAUAAGGGAAAGAAAAAAAAUCCCCAACCAAUAUAAAUUAAACAAAGCCUGAAACCAAUAGAAAAAAAUGUGCAGUGUGUAUUUGGCAGGUUUAAGACAACUCAGGACAGUAAAACAAUGGACCAUAAUGGACUAUUUAUGUAUAUAUAGAUCUCUCUUAGGCACCAUAAUCAAUAUGCGCCCAUAAUAUUUAAGCUUGAUUCAGGCCACAGUCAGACAUUCGUUCUUAUUUACAAAUAUUUAAAU